AUGCCUCCACCUGGAGUAACAGCAAUUUUCUUAUCGCCGCGCGCAAAGACGCCCUCACUUCAAACAUGCGUGCACACCCUUUCAACCCAACCCCUCCGACCACGCCCAAAACAACCCCAAAACAACCAUCAGCAAGCAAAUCGCCUCUCCAACCCCCAAAUAAACCACUUUACAACAAGUAAUUCCCGCCAAGCCCGGGAACAAAACUUCUACGAAAUCCUCGACGUUCCAGUAGGCGCAACACCAGCCGAAAUCAAAAAACAAUUCUACGCCCUCUCCCUCCGCCACCACCCAGACCGCAACCGCUCAGACCCAAGCGCAAGCCAACGCUUCUCCAGAAUCUCAGCCGCCUACAAUGUCCUCAGCAACACCCAAAAGCGCGCAACCUACGACCGCGACAAUGGCCUGCACGCCACCCCCUCACACAGCCACUCCUCCGCCUCACCAGGCCACACGCACGCCCAUCCAAUGGGCAGCCACAGCAGUGGCAGCUACGCCGGGUCCCGACCCGCGAGCGGGCUGAGCAAACGCCGCAAUGCAUUCCACGGACCGCCGCCUAGUUUCUAUGAGCAGGGUGGGUAUGGGUCUACGGGGAGGCGGGCAGAGACGUAUGCGCCCGGCAAGGCUGGGGCUGGGGCUAAAGCUGGAGGGGGCUUUGCGUCGGCUGCUGGGUUUGAUUCUAGUGUUGACGCCGAGGACUGGGCUGGCUUUAUUAAUCGGAAUCCGUUACAUCAUUUCAAUGCGCGGGGGCAUUUCCGGACGCAGGCUGCUGAGGAUCAGAGGAGGCAGGAGAGGAGGAGGCGGCAGGUGAGAGCGGCUAUCAGGGAACAUGCUGAGCAUGAGAGUAGGUCUGGGGGUGGUUCGCGUGCGGAUGAUACUGUUGUGAGGUUCUUGGUUGUUUCGGGCAUUUUGGUUGUUGCUACUGGUAUUACUGGGUUAUUUAAAUGGUCUGCGGCGACAGCUACUGCUGCUGAUGCUGCUCAUGGGGGAAAGGCUACGAGACGGAGGGAAGCAUAUUCUUGA